GUUCGCAGUAAGGAAAAAAAAAGGAGGCAACGCGAAGCGAAGUGAAGCAAAAUAAAACGAAGUGAAGCAAAGUGAAGCAAAAUUAAGCAAAGCUAAACCAAACGAAUUAAAACGAAGCACCGCACUUCUCCCUUUGCCCUUGCGUGUAGCACCCACACGGAACAAACAUACAGGUCAUCGCCCUCGCCGAGUAAACCCCCGCCCCCCAAAACAUGAAUUUUAACAAACCGGAGUCCACCAAGGGAAAGGGGGACAGCAACUCCCUUUCCUCGAAGCUGAUUAACCAGACGUAUACCCUCUCAAUUCACCUGUGCGAUUACAUCAUAAGGCCUCUCCUCUUUUACUGCUUCACGCCCUUCAUAUUUGGAUACGGACUUUACUACAACGACGAGUUUACGCUCAACCCCUUUAAACUAAUCCCCAAAAUAUUGAUAGGCUGAUGGGGGGCACAACGCGCGUACAUUGGAGGUGCUCCCGUGUGAUAAGAAGCACCAUGGCAUCAUGACAUCGUGACACCUCUAGUGCGCACUUGCGCAUGCUUUAAAUUGCCAUCCCCCCGGGUUGCCCCUCAUGCGUGGCCACCGUGUAACAUACACCCGCUGGUAAUUCAUUCGUAUGUGUCCUUUUUUUUAAUUAAAUAAAACUCACCGGACGCGAAUUAAUUUCACGCCGCAACGAACCUUUGAAACAAUUUGAAGGAAAGCGAAAGGGGACGAAGUGGCAACCAUGUCG